AUGGCGGAUACAAACCAACAGGUCCAUGCACUCGCCGUUGAACGGACGAAAGCACUAAGCGUUGACCAACAACCCGCUAUCGAGGCUCACCCGCUUGCCGGCACCGCACUCUAUACUGGGUGGCGGGAAUCACUCCUCAGCGCGCGCGACUACCAGCUGGCCACGUCGAGAGCGAACGACGAUCUCUCACGUCGGCUAGAACAAGUACGGCAGGAGAUUCACUUCAAAGAUCAGGCUAUCGCGGAACUACGACGGAAGAUCCCUCCGAGUCGUUUGGAUCAACGUAUCCUGGAACGCAAGGAAGAGCCAAGCGUCGCUAGGUUGACCGUGACGACCUUCGAGAGAGAGAACGAGCUCAUGAGGCGCAAGCUGCCUACCCUUGACGGACGUCAGGCGUCCGGUCUCGAAAGCGGUAGGUCCUCAUCGCAGACGCUCUCUAGGCUCCCGAACACGAUCGAAGUUCAGGUUUUAUUGCAGGCCGACUUGGACGACCGUCGGAAUCGCGACUCCUCCUGGGUCGCGGAUUCAAGCAUGCUGCUUGACCAAGUUCGGGAACUGAGUGCUGCUGAGCAUCUCGCUGCUGGUCGUCGGAUGAGCGAGGUACACCGGGCUUCUCAGGGAUUGGAGGCGAGCCAAGAUGUUGCGCGGAGGUUCCACGCCGAACUGGACAGAAAUUGUGAACUGGAAGGUAUCAUCACCGCUUUGAAGGACAGAGAGGCGAUCCUGAAUCAGGCUAUAGAGGCCUUGCGAGCUGAGAACGUGAGCGCCGAGAGGCAGUUGGCUGAAGCACGGGUGCGUUAUGAGGACCUACAAGCCGAGAACCAACGACUAGAAGAGGACACGUUGGCGGUCAAACAUCACAUCAUGGCAGAUUUGCAGUGGGCAAGACAGCAAAAGGAGGAUAUAGAGGCCCAUCAGAAGUGCCUUGAAGAGUACCACGAACAACAGAUCGGAUCCUUGCGCAUCGAGAUGCAAGAAAUCGCAAAGGAGCUUGAACGCGUGCAGGGCCUGAGCGCGUCACGGCGAAAGGGAGUGGUUACUGCGACGGAGGGUCAACGCGGCGGCGAUGAGGAGAGAAAUCUGCGCCCUGAAGCAAGUGAAUCCCAUGAGAUUGACGUCGACCUGGCAUACGAGCCAGCUCGCAUCAGCUCUAGCCGUCUCAGCAACUUCAACGAGAAACAUGACGCGACGGUAGACAUGGUGCAUGAGUGCAACAAUGGGUUCAGGACCAGUGAGGUUCAUGACCUGGAGCACUGUUCGGGACUAACGGCAAAGAGCAAGGGCAGAAACAGCGGCGGUCGCACGGUCGCAACUGGUACGCCAGGCAGACGGGUCGCGGCGGGUCUCAACAUGCCCAAUCAAAAGCUCCGAGGGGUCGAUGUCGCUGACCAUUUGACCGCCCUGGAUCAGUUCAAGCUGGGCUCGCCCCUACAAACACCGUCUCCGCGCAAACGCGGGCCCCGCUCGGCGAAGGGGACGCAUGACGGACAGCACACGCCGCGCUCACGGCAUAGCCCGUACUCGAGAGAAGCGCGUCCUUCUAGAUACGGCCGCGUUGGCGAUAUGGGGGAGGACUGUGACGCCGAUGACGAAGAGGUACCCCGGCGCAAUAGGGAGAGACCCAGGUCGCAUCCUACUCGGAGCAGACCAUUGCGCCGUGCCAAGUUCGAGGACGUCAACGACAUGGACGACGACUACGACUACGACUACGACGACUACAACGACUACGACGACGACGGCAACGACGUAGAGCCAAAGACGCCCGUUUCGCGCAUCGCUCGCAGGUUCCUCCAGGAAAAGAUUGCUCCUGGUGCGCUGUACGCCCCGCAGACCAUGAAGAAGAACUUCAACAAUCUUGUACUCGGCCUGAUCCUACGAGGGAUGGGCAUACAAUUGGUGUAUCAUGUUGUCGCGCUGGAGCCCGUCAGUGACGAGGAGCUUGACGCAUUCCGACGAAAUCCUAGGUCGCACGGGCCGGACCUGGAAGACCUGAGGCUCGAUACCAACGGCCUUGCGACCACUGAUGAGCUGUCUGGGUCAGCAUGGAACCAGCGCGUGGCGAAGUUGCUUUGCGGGAAAGUCAAGGAAAUAACUGACCGGGAUGGCGGUGAUGGGCGCUUCGGAGUCGUUGACGCCGACAGGAUCAAGCGUGGUGUUGAUACCCGCCUCGGUCGCAUGUACAGGUUGAUCGCGUCUGUAGUGCCUCAGGCAGGCGAAGACGUGGUCGACGCGAUAGCGAGGUUCAGGGAGGCGCACCAAGCUUACAAUGAUCAGCGUCGAGUCACAACGAGCAGGCAGACGAAAGCCCUAGCUCGUCUGCGGUACGCAGGCGUCCUGCGCACCGCAUGUAGGGUUAGCAACAAGCCGGAGGCGCUCGCGUACUGGUCCUAUGUCAUGAGGGCGGUGGAAGCACUGGGCUUUGAGGGGAUGUCCGACGAGGAGACCGACUACGAAGAGAUAGAGCACGACAGCGGCGUCGUCACCAAGAGGCGAUACCACAAGGUCCUGAAUCCCGUCUGGCGCCGCCCCGAGCUCAGGGAUCUGUUCGCGAAGGUGGAUGAGGCUCCAGCUCUGGCGCGGAUGUAUUUUGAUAAGCGGGCGGGAGCGAAGACGCCGAGGGUGCGAGUUGACGAGGCGAGCGGGCAGGCGCCUCCGAAGCGCAUUCCGAAAGCGUUAUAUGACCCGGUUUGGCUCGAAGCUCAGGGCGAACUUGUCGAACUGAUGCUGGAACUGACCGACGAUCCCUUCGAGAUCUUCCAGGCUGAUGCUUGGGCGGAAGAGUCUCACAUGCGGUACCCAUCCGCUUUGAACACAGCGCUGAGCAAAUGCCGGUGGAGCAAACCGGAGGAGAAGGAAGGCGCUCAGUCGAACAAUGGGGAUCGGACGGGACUAACCGGGCAUCUUCAGGGCACCAUCGAAAGCUCGUAUGACCUUGCUGUGCUUCCGAACCGCAUCUGGCGGAUGGUGGACUGUUGCCUCCUAGAAUCGGAACCGGGGGUCGUGCUGGUCGGGGUGUCGCCUUGGACACAUUCUCCCUCUCCACAAGUCAAUUGUCGGACCGCAGUACAGGAUCGUCGUCCUCAGCUGGGCAAGCUGGAGAAUGCGAAGGACCUGGAGGAAGCCGGGCGCGCGGGGCUCAGCUUACGACCAAUUAGCUUGAACGACUCCAUCGAGGACAGGCGGCAGGGACAGGAGCAGGUACACCCUCAUCUCGUGGAGACGAGCCAACGCACGGAGGAGCUCGCGAAGAGCAUCUUUGUGGAGAAGAGCGAUACCACCUUCGGCGAUGAGAGGGACGAGGACGAGAAGCCCUGGGAACUCAAGGAACCCGUCGGGUUGCUGGCCGACUACCUCUGCGGCGAGGAUGUCUUUGGUGAUGCCCCUGCACCGUCAUUGCGGACAACAUCAGCUACACUGCGCUCCAUGAGCACCCAUGCAAAGGACAAGGACCCCUCGAGACUCGGGCCUCGCUCCUCCCUCAUCAAGGAGCUCCUCCACCGUGUCGAGGCUUUCGGCGCUUGGCCCGACCACGAGGAGGAAGAACUCCACCUCCAGCCUCAUCCACAGCGCGCUCGUUCUCUCCGAGACGAAUACAUCGAGGUCCUGACCCCACGAUUUAUAGGCGGGAUUCCUCAUGACAAGGUGCCGGUACAUCCGCCUUUGUGGUCGAAUAGCACGGUCUCCUUUCCGUGCCAUGAGAUACAGAGCUAUGAGCACACCUCGGCACAUCAGCACACUUUCGGACACACAGCGACUGCCCAAAGGCUUCAGGCUGCUCGUGCCCGGCAACGAGGGGGCGAUCUCCUCUCCCCUUUGUCCUCCGCGCCGAUUUGCUCUUAUACUCGAACACUCGUCGACCGCUGGUCCCUCAUCUCGCCCUUCCUCAUGUCUCAUCGCGUCCUUGCAAUCUCCGAAAUCGGCCUUCUCGUAUGCGAGGCCCUCGACCGUCGUAGUCUGGGACGCCUCGCCCGCGUCUCGCGCUUCUGGAGAACGGUUGCAGAAGACGUUCUCUGGAGGGAUCGUUUGACAGGCAUGCAGCCGCUGCUCGCGUCGAUGCCGAUGGGCGCUUAUCAGUGGGAUCUCUCACGCACGAUGUGGAACGGCCGUGUGAUGACCGGGAUGGAUAUCUACUUUCACUUGAGCCCGGAUGAGCUGCGGGAUGUACUCGAGCGUUCGAAAUUCGUUCGCCACAUCAAUUUCGACUACCGGAACUGCGUCGUCGACUUGGUCAUCUUUAUGAAGCUAUCUCGUCUCGCAGGAUCUCUCAGCACUCUCUUUCCCGCCUUGCGCAGCAUUUCGAUCACAAUGCCGAAGCGCUAUAUAAUGAACUUUACUCCUCGUCGUCCGCCAGUCCUGGCGAGGCUUGGCGUAGGGACCGUGUCCCUGAGCCUGCACGUGCGCCGCCUUCUCGUUGCCUUUUCGCAGGUGCCCAAUGUCUUCGUUGGUUCUGGUCCCGCCCAUCCUUCUGUGAUAUCACCCCAUAAUACCUCUGCCGCGACCUAUCCUAACGUCUUGCACUUCCACGAAGUCCCUGUCGACACCUUGCUGCAUAUCAUGUGUCCAGGGUCUCCCCGGAACCUUCGGCAACUACGCGUCGACUGGCCGUUGAGGGUCACCCAGAAAGGGUUCCGCGACCUCAUCGAUGCUAUCUCAGAUGUAUGCUCCUCUUUGUCGCACCUGGAGAUACGUAUCGACAACGUUGUCUCUGAGGACGGCAAACAGAGGAAGGAAGGAGGCCGAAUGUACAUCACACCGGGUCUCUUCCUAAGACUUUCACCCCUUCGCGAGCUCACGCAUUUGGACAUUGAGGGUGCCCUGCGAUCCCAUAUGUCUGACGCUGACUGGGUGAUCGCCGUCCGGCCGUGGCCUCUACUGGAACGACUGCAUGUCGUACCCCGGACCCUACGGCCACAUACGAUCCACAGCACGCUAGCUCGCGUUCCCAGGUGCACCAUGCAGGCCGUGCUGGAUAUCGUAGCUGCCUGUCCACGCUUGACGGCUCUUGGCCUUCCCGGCAUCGACUGUGCGACCCUGCCAUCAUGCGAGUGGACGCAGAGCGCGCAGAUGGUCCACAGGCCCCAGUCGCUCUAUCCGCUAAGGUCACUCUGCGUGUCUGAUAGUCCCGUCAACGACCCCGGCGCUCUGGGUCUAUUCCUUUCUCAGGCGUUCCCCGGUUUAGCCCGUCUAUCUUACGGCGAGUGCGCCUGCCAUCAUGCGCAGGCCGCGCAAUCAGAAGCUGGCAAGCAGGCCAUCACUGUCGUGGAACCUGGGAGUGGAGGGAAUGUGGACCGUUGGGAUCAAGUACGACGUAUCAUGCAUGCACUGUGA